AGGGAGGGAAUCUUUGUGCUUAUGGGGUUUCCUUGGUUGGGGACUCUCUUGGGACCUUUCCUCUCAUCCCUCUCUUCUAUCCCAACCUUUCUCUUGCUCCUCUAAUUCCUUAAGUUGGUGAAGGAUGGGAGCCUGAAGGGCUUGGAGGUGAAAGGGGGAGUGAAGGAGAUUGGGAGCUGCCCUACAUGCUUGGAGACCAAGUUCUCCAAGUUCCCCUUCAGCAGCACUACAGGACCAACCAAGACCCCACUUGCACUUGUGCACAUGGAUGUGGUGGGGCCCACAAGAGCCCCUUCCCUCUCAGGCAGCCGCUAUUUCUUGACAAUUGUGGAUGACCACACUCGGGGAGUGUGGGUUUACCCUUUGAAGAGCAAGGGGGAGGUGGCAGCGGCUGUCCUUAAGGAGUGGAUGCCUAGAGCUCAGAGGGAAUGCGGACACAAGUUAAAGAAGCUGACAGUGUUAAGGGAUGUGAAGUUUCUUGAGUCCCUGUACUACAAGGAAUGGAAGCAGCAGCAACAGAAGCUUCCAUCUACACCACUCAUUGUGGAGGCAGAUGAGCCCAAGGUACGAAUGCUAGCUUCAACUCAGUGAAAGCGGAUGGCACCAGCAUUGGGGGUUAUGUGUGCUUGCUGGGAGGUGGUGCUGUGAGCUGGCGUAGCAAGAAGCAGAAUGAGGUGGGAUUGUCCUCAUGUGAGACUGAGUACAUGGCCUUACAUCAUGGGGCCAAGGAAGUGGUGUGGCUGAGGCGCUUGUUGGAGGAGUUGGGAGUUGGUCAGGAGGAGCCGACAGUUGUGUUCUGUGAC